AUGGAGGACAUGGCGAGGUCCGAGUAUCCCGCCAUGCUGGCCAAUCUGCAACCCAGCCAAGCUGUUCAAGCCCUCAACGACCGUGUUAAGCGCAUCAACAAGGUUAAUCUCGAAAUUGCCGACUGGCUCCAGGAACGCCGUCGCAUCGAAGAGCAAUAUGUCCUUGGCCUACGACGGCUCGCACAGAGCAGAGCCCCCAAUUCACAAUCCGAGCUCGGUGUUUUCCAAGUCCCGUGGACUCGAAUUGUUGAUGCCGUCGAACGCAUUGCCCAGUCACAUCACCUGUUUGCCGAAAGACUUGAGAGCGAUGUCGAGCAACCACUGCGCGUCUACCAGCAACGGCGAGAUUAUCAAAAUAUGCACAAUAUCUCGAGCAACUUGACAAUGAUGGCCAGAGAUCUGGAAGGUGCUCAAGACAAGUCAGACAAACUCAACAAGAAGGGCACAAAAGCCAGCACCCAAAAGGUUGACGAGGCUUCUGCUAAGUUGGAAUCGGCCUCGCAGCAAUGGGAAUCGCAAGCGCCAUUUAUUUUCGAGUCACUCCAGGCCGUCGACGAAACUCGUGUCAACCAUCUCCGAGAUGUACUCACACAGUACCAAACCCACGAGGCGGAUCAAGCACAGCGUGUCCAGGAUAUUGCUGCCCAGACUCUGGCCGUAGUCCUGGAGAUAAACACAGAGAAAGAAAUCAAAGACUUUGCCGCGAGCACGACUGCCGGCAAGCCGCCAGCCCCAACGAGGACAUCGACCCGUCGUUCGUCCAUGGCCGGGAGACAGCCUUCUUUCGAACAACCUCCUCCUGUGCCGCAUACAGAGACGAUGAAUUCCACAGCAUCAACGACCAAUCCUCCUCCAACUAGAGGCUCAGUGUCACAGCAAUCGCAACAUGAGGAUGACCUUAGCGAGCAACCCCCGGCGGACCAACCUAAAGAGUCAAAACUUCGUAGACUGGGCACAUUGUUUGGAGGCCGACGACGGCAGAGUGUUCACGGUGGCUUUGGGCAUCUUUCACCUGGUAAAACUGGUGGCACAACAUUUGGCCGACUUGGAAGCAGCCACGGCCGAGGUGUCUCUCCUCGCACUUCAUCAACCAACCUGCAUGACUCAGGCCGUCUGGCCUCCUUGGCCGAGACUCCGGAUACGCCUACGAGAUCGACCCAGGAAGAAUCCAUCAACGAUGCCAGCAGACCGCAUGAAACGACAAAUGGAGUACACGCCAAGGAAGGUACUGAAUCAGGCGCCGUCAAUGGAACACAGUCCAGUGAUUUGUUUGACGUGGUCCCGCCUCCAGGGCCACCCCCUGCUCAGCAAAAUGAGAAGACAACUGGGAUAGCAAAGGACGAAGAGGGCUUUACUGUCCGCGCACCGAUGAACGAUCCCAUAUCUGAAGCUCAGAGAGAAGCCGCUGGCGAGGAGGCCGACCAGCUGUUCAAUUUGACUAUCCAGAACAAGCCAGUCGACGAGGAAGACCCCGAGGCGAAGCAGGCCGCAUUAUCAAACGUUGCCAAUACCUUGAAGCUUGGACCCGCGACUCGACGAACGAGCACCAUACGAGGACGACGAGAUGUUAGAAACACCGUAUACGUACCGCCUCCUGGGGCAACGCAGACAGAAUCAUCUUUGUCUGCGAUUUCCAGCUCACCACCAAUGCCAGGAAGCGCCUCGUUUACAAGGUCUCCUGCUAUGAAUGCCUUGGCGUCGGAAAGCAGCAUUGCUGGCACAUCGGACACCCAGUCUGUUCGAUCUGGGCAUUCGCUAGGCAACUUGAUUCAUGCCAAGCAUCCGGACUUGACUGGCCCUGGUCUGCAAAGCUCUAUUAUCGAAACAGUCUCGGCUACCUUUGAGGAUGGCAUUGUCAAGAGUGCCAACGUUGCCGGCGAACUUGCAUUUGUUCACAAUGACGCAGACAUUUCUGCUGAAAAGACACAUGAAACUAUUCGAAUAAAUAAUUUCCCUAAACUAGAACGCAUUGGACCGAACCGCAUUUUUGUUCAAAACGCCUCGCUUGACCAACCAGAUCAGUUUGCCCUCGAUCUCUCACACCUUUCCAAAACAGCCAUCGCAUUCUCGUACAAGGUCUUUUCCGAGGCGUCCGACGCAUCUAGUCUGGGCAAGCAUUGCCCCUUGUUACUAAAGCCGGCGUGGAAACCCCAGGACGACAAGUUGGGGUUGUUGCUACAGUACCAGCUCAACCCAACCAGCGAGUUAACGGCACCAGUCACUUUGCACAAUGUCGUCUUUGUGGCCAGGUACGAUGGCAAGGCUACUGCUGCCCAAACUAAACCGAGUGGCACGCAUCUCAAGGAUAAGCACCUCGUGUACUGGAGGCUGGGUGACGUUACCCUGACAAGCGACAUGCAAAAGAUUGUAUGCCGCAUCGUUGGAGCUGAUGGCGUCGGCCCAACCCCUGGCCAUGUAGAAGCACGAUGGGAGUACAUUGCAUCGGGAGAUGCAGUUGUCGGCAGUGGCAUAUCAGUGUCUAGGCUAGCAGACAAGGGCAAGAACAAGGAAUUGACUGAGGAUGAUCCCUUUGCGGAUGCUGGAUCAGCAACAAGCCAGACAUGGGUUGAUGUGCCCGUGGCACGGAAACUUGUAGGCGGAAAGUAUGAGGGCAACUGGCCAAACGGUUCACGACCACCCUUCUCCCGACACCUUAUCACCGCGUUCCUCGAAAAGAAGGACAAUGAAAUUGACGGUACCACAACGGAAGCAUCGGAGCUCGAGCCUCGCGUGACACUUAUUGAGACUGCCUACCCGCCAUGUGCUGCAUCAUUUCGCCAGCUGUCUCCUAUUACCAUAUCCGAGUUGCUCCUCGAAACACAUCACCGUGGUAGAAGCAUAUUUGUUCGAAUACUCACACCUCCGUGGCGUGACCCACGACCAUGGACAAGCUUGUUGGCAGUUGUUGAAGAUAAAGCAGGCACUGCCGUGGUGUUGCGCAUGUCUUUUGUCCCUGAGGAGGAUGUUAUACCCGCCGACGAGUACUUGCGGCCUGGCAGUGUGCUGAGACUGAAAGAUCCGUAUUUUAAACAGCUGGAGAACGGAUGGUAUUGUUUGGAUGUUCAUCAUGUCACUGAUGUGAAGUGGUUUGAGGAAACAGAAGAAGGCGUUCCCUCCCAGUGGCGGAAAGAGCCAUCGGACGAGGGCAGUGAGAGUAUUCGGAGGCGAGGAAAUGAGGCUGUGGAGAGAAAGGCAUCGGCAGAGGCGAGCCGCUUAUAUGAAUCGGCAUUGAAGAUUGCCACUACCGUGGAAGAAGAACAGAUCGCGUCUCUCAACCUUUCACUUGCCUACCUUCGGUUGGGGCGCCCGGAGCGAGCCCUCGCGAGGGCUUGUGUCAACGACGGUGGUCGCACACCGACGUCUGAGAAAGCACUUUUUCGGCAAGCUCGAUCACAAUAUGAGAUGGGCACAUUAGAGAUGGGCGCAUUCGGCAGUUGUGUCAACACAUUGCUGAGUCUGCGACGGUUGUGGCCAAGGAAUCGAGCCGCAGGAGACCUGCAGCAACGCGCGCUUGCGAGGAUACAGGAGGAGCGAACGGGUAAUUAUUCAUUCCUUCAGAUGUACGAGCAGGCCAAAAUGACACCUCCCUUGAUCGACUGUGCUACCUUUUCUACGCUAGUGGAGGUAGACGAGUCGUCUCGCGGGACCUUCACAACUCGUCGAGUUGCAGCGGGAGAACUUCUCCUCUGCGAAAAAGCCUUCGCAUAUAGCUAUGCUGACGGCGACGAUGCUUCAUCUCAGAAGCAGAUAUUGAUGAAUACGAAUACGUCGCGAGUGGUUACUGGUGGCCAAGCUCGUCUUCUGGCUGACAUUGUGCAGAAACGUCGUCACAAUUGGGACCUGACGUGUCAAUUUCAAGACUUGGAUGCUGGGGCUGAUAUCUUUUGGGAUCACAAGAACAACAGUGGACCUGAAAUUGAUUCUUUUGUUGUGGAGAGUAUCAUAUCGCGUAAUGCCUUCGGCUGCUCAAGAACCAGUCAUGAUGACUUCCAUAGUUCAAACCGGUAUGAAGUGUCCUCCGAAUACUCGGAUGGAGAAGCGAGAAGCUUUUUGAACUGCGGAAUCUGGAUCCUCGCCUCACACAUCGACCACUCCUGCAUUGGCAACUGCCAGCGAUCUUUUAUUGGAGACGUGCAAAUCAUCCGCGCGACAAAAGACCUCGAGGCAGGUACCGAACUGCUCUUUCCCUACCGCCAGCCGCAAUUGCUUGAAUCGUACCAAGACGUACGGCGAAGUCUCAGCAAAUGGAGCUCCUAUUGUACCUGUCAGUUAUGCCAGCUGAGAAAGAGUACAUCCAGCGAGAUGUUGCACAAACGCAGGGCUUUACACGAGGAACUUGUUCAGCUCUCCGGGGAUUGGCGAACUGUAGAUAUUGCUCGAGUCAAGCUGCUUGUCGAGGAGAUGAAGAAAACAUACCCGGUGAUAGUUGGUAGCCAGAUCCGAUUGGAGCUCUGGAGCCCAUAUUACAUGCUGAGUUACAACUUCGCUUCGAGAGGGAACCUGCGUGAGUCUUUCGACAUGAUGAUCAACGCGUUCAAAGCUUUGGGAUACGACAUCAUUGCUACUCUGCCUAAUACAGAGGGAACACCAGCAACUUUUGAGAUCAAACAGUGGGGUCUGGUCAACAAUUCGGUACCUCAGGCGUUCUUCAUGCUAGGUUCCUGCUGUAAUGGGCUUUGCCCUGAGCUCUGUACCGUAGUGACCGCAUACAGUAAGCUGUCCUAUCGUAUGUUGGUAGGCGAGGGGGACACUGCACACGAUUUCUAUCCGAGCUUUGAAUAG